AUGGGUGAUAUGUCCAAGAGCACACCAAAGAAGACAUCGCGCAUCCUGGCUGCGCUGGACCACUCCAUGCUUGCUUCUUCCUCAAGUUCUCAUACCACUAUGCAAACAUCCCAAAUUCUCGGCAAGCGUAAAUCAGAUACCUUUCCUGUGUCGCCGGUGAGGAGAGUACGAACUCUCCCAGACAUCGGUUCCGUGGUUCAUGGACCAAACUCACCAUUCAACAAGCCUGUGCAUGCGACUGGCGCUUCAUCGCACGGUGCUUCGUCUGGAGCUGGCGGAUCUAAAUCAACAACCAAGAGCGAUAUUCAAAGCAAGCUCAUUACAUCUGGCUUUUCUUUGAGAUACGACGACAAAACUCCUGUUAGUCGCAUUGACCAAGGAGGCCCUGAUCAAGAACUGAGAUUGGCAGAAUUUGUUUAUAACUCCAUUGAAAACCUCGGGGAUAGGCGGUCCGUUAAGGAUGCUAUCCGGAACCUCGGUCUUCAGAGCGACAAGGAUCUCCUCCCCGGUCUUGAAGUACGGCUUUUACCUCACCAGCUCAUUGGCGUCAACUGGAUGGUGGACCAAGAAAAAAAGUCCCCUCACAGGGGUGGUAUCUUAGCAGAUGAAAUGGGCCUUGGCAAGACUGUCCAAAUGAUUGCUACAAUGGCAGUUAAUUUGCCCAAGGACACUGACGCUGUGAAGACCACCCUCGUCGUCGUUCCCGCCGCGCUCCUUCAACAGUGGAAAGAGGAAAUUGAGACGAAGUCGAACGACUUGUUUACCGUUCAUAUACAUCAUGGACGGGACAAACUUUCCACUCUGAUGGAUGUCAGAUCUAAAGAUGUCAUCAUCACUACAUAUCAAACUCUGAGCAUGGAGCUUACCAUUCCAAAAGACGUUGAAGAAGGCGAGGAACUGGCAUAUCUUGAGAAUCACGGAGGGGUACUUGGUCGCAUGAGAUGGUAUCGUGUGAUUUUAGACGAAGCCCAAUUUAUUCGAAAUAGAGGAACACAUGCUAGCCGCAGUGUUGCUCGUCUCCGUUCGACUUAUAGGUGGAUGCUUACAGGCACGCCUGUAACGAAUACACUUGCUGACAUAUAUGGACUUAUUCGCUUUGGGCGUUUCCGCCCUUGGAAUGACUGGGAGUCAUUUAAACAAUAUAUUGCAAAGGUGCAGCAGGAAGAUGCGCCGCUGGCGGCAAUGCGAGCGCAGGAGAUUAUGAAACCCCUGUUACUUCGCCGUACCAAACAAGCUAGAUUGGAAGGAAAGCUCAUCCUUCAACUACCCCCGAAAAACAUUGAGCUCGUGACUCUUGAAUUCUCAGCAGACGAGCGGCAGCUGUAUGAUGAUUUCGAAAAGAAAAGCCAUGUUCAAAUCAAUCGCUUCAUCAAAAGAGGGACAUUGUUGAAGAAGUAUGCACUCAGUUAUUUCUGCGUUAUAUUUGCUAAAUGCAGUUUCCGUCUCAGCGAUGAUCCUCCGGCUUCGGCAGCUGUGUUGUCACCCGAACUUAAUCCUGGCACGUCUUUUUGUCACACAGAAGAGCACGAGGACCCUUCCAUACUCAUGUCCGACGACAAGGGAAGGGAGUUUGCGCGAGCGAUCCGAGUCAUGGGGACAGCCUGGGUCAGCGAUGUCAAGAAGAGGUUCAUGACGCGCGCGCUGGAGAGUAAUCUAUUCGCCUUCACAGAUGAGGAGGGCGCAGAUCCAACAUGUCCUAUCUGCAAAGAUCUGUACGCCAACAACGCUGGCCGUGUCCUUACCUGUGGCCAUGAGAUCUGCUUUGACUGUAUGCUCAUACUUUCGAACUCGCCGAUUGUCCACAACGGGGAAUUUGGUCAUGGAAACGAGAAAGAAAAUCUUCGUGCCGAACGCGAGUAUGAAGCAGCUGUUGCAAAAGGUCACCGACCUUGCCCUACGUGCAAGAAGAUGAACGACCUGACCCAAACCAAGGUGUUCAAGUCCAUUGCAUUCGAGCCAGAGGAGGAUGAAGUCGAGGAGGCAAAUCGCGCUCGUAAGCGCGCUCGCCGGCUUGCGCCUGAGAAACCUGUGCGCCCGGGCACCGUUUCUUGUGAAGAGUCAUCUGACUCCGAUUCGGAAAUCGAGGUAUCUGCGCCUUCACGCUUCAGGGGUGCAACGCCGGAACUCGACAGCUCCGACGACGAUAUGCCAGAUUUCUCACAGCUAUUCGCGAACGGAGGAAAACUCAAGGGGAAGAAGGCUGGGGGGAAUAAACGGUUGCACCAGCAGUCUGACGACGACGAAGUGAUUGACUUGACUAUGGGUGAUGUGUCGGACCACCUCGAUGGUUCCGACGCUGAGCUCGGAAGGGGGCAUGCCGAAAAAAAAACCCUAAGGGAUAACGAAGAAAAGCCUGCAUCGCAAGGUGCAGAGAAGGCAAAUUUGGAAGAUUCCGGCGCCCCUUCCCGCGCGCUUAUCGCCAUGUGGCGAAAAGGUGAUUACGACCUGGAACCGAGUACGAAGAUGCUCGCCCUCAUUGAUUUCCUCAAGUCGUGGGACGUGAGCGGGGACAAGACAAUCUGCUAUUCGCAGUGGACCUCAAUGCUUGACCUCGUAGAGACGCUAUUCUCACGAUAUGGGAUCCGCAGCCUGCGGUACGAUGGUUCCAUGGACCGGAUAUCCCGGGAUAACACCCUUGUGACAUUCAAACGACAUGAUGGACCGAAGGUCAUCCUCAUCAGCACGAAGUGUGGUAGUGUAGGCUUGAAUUUGGUCGUGGCAAAUCGGAUCAUUAAUUUGGACCUAUCCUGGAAUUAUGCGUCCGAGUCACAAGCAUAUGACCGCGUACAUCGUCUGGGACAGGAGAAAGAUGUUUUUGUCAAGCGACUUGUUGUCAAAAAUACGAUAGAGGAGCGAAUGCUCCGCCUUCAGGAGGUUAAAACUGACCUUGCGGACGCCGCGCUCGGCGAGGGUACGGGAACGAAGUUACAGAAGAUGAGUGUUAAGGAGAUCAAGACUUUGUUUGGGAUGAAAACCUAA